AUGAUAAAAAUCAUAAUCUAAUUUUUAAUUCUGAGUUAAACCUUAGGAUUAUAUAGUGAUGAUGAUGUGUUUUAUUGUUAAGAUGAUUUUACAGAUGUUGAAUUAUCUGAAAAAAUAAAAGUGUAACCAUUAGAUCAAUAUAUAUUUUUGAUAAUUUGUAUUAGAAGUAUUAAAUAAUAAAUUAGCUCCAUUGGCAUUUAUGUGUACAAUGUUCAUCACAUACAGUUUUAUAUAGUAUCCAAAUACUAGAAAGAUGCCUGGAGAUAUAGUAUUUUUUAUAUCAAUGUCAGAUGCAAUUUUAUGUAUACAUUGGUUUUUGACUGCUUUAUAUUAUUAAAUUUAUUAGGAGAAUCCAUUAAGUUCAGGUGUAUUUUGUUAAACAAAUUCAAUGUUUAGUAUAUUUGCAGGUACAGGGGAAGUAUCCUAUAAUGUAGUAUUUUGUAUAUAUUUACGAUUAACUCUUAAAAAUUAAUUUAAAGUGAUUCCUAAAUUAUCAAUAAUAUUACAUACAUUAGCAUGGAUAGCAAUGAUAUCAAUUCCACUUUUAGCAAAACUUACUAAUAAUAAUGGAUUAUCAAUAUUUGGAACAUGUAGUUUUAAAUUUCAUCCAGGAUUUCCAUUGGCUGGUAUAUUACUUGUAUUUUGUUAUACUAUUAUUUCUGUAUAUACAAUAGUAUAUUUUAAUAAAGCUAUUCCUGAUGAUGAAAAAUAUAAAGAAUAUAAAGAUACAUUUGCAAAAUAUUAUUAUCGUUAUAUUAAAGGAUCAUGCAUUAUUUGGACAAUUUAAGCAAUAUCAUUUACUAUAGCAGGAUUUAAUUGUUCAUAUUUUCAUUAAGGAUUUCUUUUAGCUUUUAUUACUAUUGGAAAUUCAGCUAAAUUAUGUACACCUGUAGUUUUAUCAAUUUUAAGGUAUAAUGAUCCUACUAUUAAAUAAUAAAUUAAAAGAUUAUUUAGAAAACUAUCAAGAAGAAAUUAUGAUAAUGUUCAAACUGAAUUAUGUAAAAUUUAAUAUACUAUAUUAUUUUAGUAUAAGAUGAUACUAAUUUCUAUGAUACUAUUCAUUAAAAUUUAAAAUUUGAUUAAGUUAAUACAAUCAUAUUUGGUAUUAGAGCUAUUUGUUAAUCAGAUUUAUAAAAUAAUUUAUCUAAUCAAGACAAUUUUGAUUAAAUUUAAAUUUAUUAAAGAUAAACUUAAACAUAUCGAACUAUUAAUGAUUCUUUUAAUAAUGAUAUUUGUAAAUUAUUAAUUAACUAUAAUUUAAAAAUAGAAGAUUUUCAUGAAGAAAUUACAUAUAAUAUUGAUAAUGAUAGUAGUUAAAAUGAAAAAUUAAUUGAUCUUAAAUUAUUGUAAUCAACUAUGAUAGUUUAUGCUCCAGCUGUUUUUUAAAAAAUUAGAUAAAAAGAUAAUAAAAUGAUUAACCAUUUUGAAUCAUUUGAUCUUAUUGCAAAUUAAAAUUAAAUUAAAUAAUUUAAAGGGCCAGAUGGAGGUAAAGGAGGAGCUUUCUUCUUUUUUUCUUAUGAUAAUAAAUUAAUCAUUAAAACAUUAUCAGAUUAAGAAUUACUUGUUAUUAAAAAAAAUCUAUUAAAAUACUUUCUUCAUAUCUAAGAAAAUGAAACUAUUAUAUCACCUAUAUAUGGUAUUUAUAAAUUAACUAGAUAAAAUGUAAAAUCUAUAUUCUAAUAAUAUAUAGGUUUAAGAACCUAUUAAUGUUGUUGUAAUGAGAAAUGUAAUGUAAAUUCCAUCUGAAUUUAAAAUUAGAACUUAUGAUAUAAAAGGAUCUGAACAUGCUAGAUAAGUAAUAAAAAAAAAUUAAAAUCUUAAUGAAUUUGAACUAUAAAAAGUUACAUUAAAAGAUAUAGAUUUCUAAAAAUUUGAAAAGAAAUUGCAUAUACCUGAUUAAUAUAGAAAUAGAUUAAAAAAUUGUUUAAUUAACGAUGCUACAUUCUUUGGUCAUAUCAAAUUAAUGGAUUAUUCUCUUUUAAUUGUGAAAAUGGAUUGGUACACAUAUUCUUAGAAAUAUCCUCAUAUUAAAGAAUCUGAUGUAAUAUUUAUUAUUAUAUAUUAUUAACAUAGAUUCCUAAUUAUUUUUCAUCUGAUUUGUAUUGCAUACCAUCCACAGAUGCAUCAUAAAGAGGAAUCUAUUAUCAUAUAGCCAUCAUAGAUUAUUUACAAGAGUGGAAUGCAUCAAAAAUUAUUGAAAAACAUACUAAAAAAGCCAUUCAUGCCAAUAUUGCAUUAGAUACUUCGGCUUAAAAUCCAGAAGAUUAUGCUAAUAGAUUUAUAGAAAAAGUAGCAAAAGUUAUUGUUUGA